ACUGCAGGUGUAGCUGCAGACAGGGAUGUUCUAGCUGGCUGGGUGAAACACAAAAUGCCUAUAAGCACAAAGUGCAGUCAGCUAAAACAAAAUGGAGUCAUUCUGGGCAAUUCAUUCCCCACUGGUCUUAGGGCAGAGUUAAAGUGUUGACUCAUAAUCCUAAAGUGACGAAGGGUUGUACUGUGUCCUCAGGUACAUCAACUUAACAGAGGCUAUUCAUUGUUUGACAACAUUUUAUAACCAGUUAAUUAGGCAAGGCCCAAUCACUGGACUCAGAAGGAAAAGGGUAAGAGGACCUUCAAGGCCUAUGAGCAAGGUGAUCAGCCAUGGAUUUCAAUCAAACCAUCAAUGGAACCACAAACUCUUGGCCUCUCAUUUUCUUUGGCUUUUUGUAAGCCUCCUGGGUCCUGGCUGCUGGCGCCUAUAGCCACCCUGAUCUCUCCGGCGGGGCCCAACUGCGGCCUCCCAUGAGCGCGCCCGGCUGACCCGCGAGGCGGUGGCGGUGGAGCCGGCGCUCCAGAGGGGCGGCGGGACCAUGGCCUCAUUGGACCUUCCCUACCGCUGCCCCCGCUGCGGGGAGCACAAGCGCUUCCGGAGCCUAUCGUCCUUGCGCGCGCACCUGGAAUACAGCCACACCUACGAAACGCUCUACAUCCUCUCCAAGACCAACAGCAUCUGUGAUGGCGCGGCCGCCGCAGCAGCCGCCGCGGCUGCAGCCUCGGGUUUCCCGCUGGCGCCCGAGCCCGCCGCCCUGCUGGCCGUGCCUGGUGCCCGGCGUGAGGUCUUCGAGAGCACGUCCUUCCAGGGCAAGGAGCAAACGGCGGGGCCAGCGCCCACUGGACCGCACCUGCUGCAUCACCACCACCACCACGCGCCGCUCGCGCACUUCCCUGGGGACUUGGUGCCCGCCAGCCUGCCCUGCGAGGAACUGGCCGAGCCGGGCCUCGUGCCCACUGCCGCCGCGCGUUACGCGCUGCGCGAGAUCGAGAUCCCACUUGGGGAGCUGUUCGCGCGCAAGUCCGUGGCAUCCUCGGCCUGCUCGACUCCGCCACCUGGGCCUGGCCCUGGUCCUUGCUCCGGGCCCGCCUCCGCAUCGCCCGCAUCCCCAUCGCCUGCGGAUGUUGCUUACGAAGAAGGUUUGGCACGCCUCAAGAUCCGCGCGCUGGAGAAGCUGGAGGUGGACCGAAGGCUGGAGCGACUGAGCGAGGAGGUCGAGCAGAAGAUAGCGGGCCAGGUGGGCAGGCUGCAGGCGGAGCUGGAGCGCAAGGCUGCGGAGCUGGAGACCGCGCGGCAGGAGAGCGCGAGACUGGGGCGGGAGAAAGAGGAGCUUGAGGAGCGCGCGUCAGAGCUCUCGCGCCAAGUGGAUGUGAGCGUGGAGCUGCUGGCCUCUCUCAAGCAAGACCUGGUGCACAAAGAACAGGAGUUGAGCCGCAAGCAGCAGGAGGUGGUGCAAAUCGACCAGUUCCUGAAGGAGACAGCAGCUCGGGAGGCCAGCGCCAAACUGCGACUGCAGCAGUUCAUUGAGGAGCUCCUGGAGCGGGCAGACCGAGCAGAGCGCCAGCUACAGGUUAUUAGUAGCAGCUGUGGCAGCACACCCAGUGCCAGCCUGGGCCGAGGAGGUGGGGGCAGUGGCCCAGGGCUCGGAGCUCGGGGCCCAGGCAGAAUGCGAGAACACCAUGCAGGUCCAGCUGUGCCAAGCACAUAUGCCGUGUCACGGCAUGGCUCCUCUCCCAGCACAGGGGCCUCCAGCCGUGUGCCAGCUGCAUCCCAGAGCUCAGGCUGCUAUGACAGUGACAGUCUGGAGCUGCCCCGGCCAGAGGAAGGGCCUUCUGAGGACAGUGGCCCUGGGGGCUUGGGUUCACGGGCCCAGGCUACAAAUGGUAGCUCAGAGAGGUCCCAGGCCCCUCGUAGUUCAGGCCUUCGACGACAGGCCAUCCAGAACUGGCAGCGCCGACCUCGCCGACAUAGCACUGAAGGGGAAGAGGGUGACGUCUCAGAUGUGGGCUCCCGAACCACCGAGUCAGAGGCUGAGGGCCCUUCAGAUGCCCCACGCCCUGGACCUGCUUUGGCUGGGCCACUGAACAGUUGCCGACUCUCAGCCCGACCUGAGGGAGGGAGUGGACGAGGCCGGCGAGUGGAGAGGAGUAGCCCUUCACGUUCAAACGAGGUUAUCAGCCCAGAGAUCCUCAAGAUGCGUGCAGCCCUCUUCUGCAUCUUCACCUACCUGGACACCCGCACCUUGCUGCAUGCUGCUGAAGUCUGUCGGGAUUGGCGCUUUGUAGCCCGGCACCCUGCAGUCUGGACGAGGGUGCUGCUUGAGAAUGCCAGAGUCUGUUCCAAGUUCCUGGCCAUGCUGGCUCAGUGGUGCACCCAGGCCCACUCGCUAACGUUGCAGAACCUGAAGCCCCGACAGCGGGGAAAGAAGGAGAGCAAGGAGGAGUAUGCCCGAAGCACCCGGGGCUGCCUUGAAGCAGGGCUUGAGUCCCUGCUGAAGGCUGCAGGAGGGAACCUGCUGAUCCUGCGAAUUUCCCACUGUCCCAACAUCCUCACUGACCGAUCACUCUGGCUGGCCAGCUGCUACUGCCGUGCCCUGCAGGCAGUCACCUACAGGAGUGCCACAGACCCUGUAGGCCAUGAGGUGAUCUGGGCCCUGGGUGCAGGCUGCAGAGAGAUUGUCUCCCUCCAGGUGGCACCACUUCAUCCCUGCCAGCAGCCCACCCGCUUCAGCAACCGCUGCCUGCAGAUGAUUGGGCGCUGCUGGCCCCACCUCCGGGCCCUGGGCGUUGGUGGUGCCGGCUGUGGGGUACAGGGCCUGGCAUCACUUGCAAGAAACUGCAUGCGGCUGCAGGUCCUGGAGCUGGACCACGUAUCAGAGAUCACCCAGGAGGUAGCUGCUGAGGUCUGCCGGGAAGGCCUGAAGGGACUGGAGAUGCUGGUGCUCACAGCCACCCCUGUCACCCCUAAGGCCCUGCUGCAUUUUAACAGCAUCUGCCGAAACCUUAAAUCCAUUGUGGUCCAGAUUGGGAUUGCUGAUUACUUCAAGGAGCCCAGCAGCCCCGAAGCCCAGAAACUGUUUGAGGAUAUGGUGACAAAGCUCCAGGCCCUGAGGCGGAGGCCUGGCUUCUCAAAGAUUCUGCAUGUCAAGGUGGAAGGUGGCUGCUAACCCGGGUGGGGGGCGGCAGGGCUCCUGCCAGCCCCACACCAAGGCACUCUUUGGACCUCCAGAGGGACCCUGGCUUGAAGGCCUAGUGCUAUUCUGGGUUCCAGAGAGGGGUUUGGUAUCCUGUCCUCCUGGAACUACAGAGCUACAGGUGACCCAGGGCGGGGACUUGGACAGAAGCUGCCCUCCGACCCCUUACCACACCCCAACUGGAGCGGCCUUCUGGUACCACCAGCAAGGAGCUGUCACCACCCAGAAGAUCUGCAGUAACCCACAGCUGCUCAGGCAGGCCUUUUGUUCCUGAGACCUGCUUCCUGUCAGGGGCCUCUGCCAGGCCAAAGGCCAAAGGGGGCUUCUCAAAGCAGAUCAGACUUGGCAAGGAGGGCUCUUUCCCGCCUUACCUGACCCAGUCCCCCACAGGGCACUCCCAUCAGUUGGCCUCCACUCCAGGUCCACAUUCUCCAGUGAUGACCCAGGCAGGCCUAGGAACCUAAGGAACAUGGUCACCUGAAAGCUGGGAGCAAGCAGGGAUGCAGGGGGUAGGUUUGGAAGGGACGAAAGUCAAUUAGAACUCCCCAGGAUGAGGCCAUCUCUCCCAUGGGGAGGAUAUGACAGGCCAGGUAGAGACUAUAAAGCUUCUCAUUGUACCCCCACCACACCCAGAGCUAAGUUCAGAGCAGAAGGUGCAUGUUCAUUUUCCUACCAUGCCUUCCUGAGGGAUCACAGAAGGGCCAGGGUCCCAGCCAGACCACCUGUUUUAAGAAGAGAUUUCUUAACCCAGGUGCUUGGGAAGGAAUCCCAAAGCCUUUGGGGCUGCAAGGCUGUCUGGGAGGAGGGACCCUACGCUCCCCGCUGUGGUGAAGCUUGGAGGAGGGUCCUUUCUUGCUUUCUUCCUUGUCAGCAUGCUUGAGGAUGUGGCCUUGGCAUGGAGCCAGAUUCUGGGGCGAGGAAAAGGUAGACUCAUUCAGUUUCUACCAGCCUGGGCUGAGGCAGUGAGAGAAUGUUGUGGAUGGGGUGUCACUGGUCCUUGGCACAGUACCCAGAAGACCAUGGGUUUGAGCCCCAUAGACUGAGCACCCCUCACCAAGUUCCUCCUCUAAGAUCUCGAAGUGGCUCAGAGACCAGGGGUCUUGCCAACCUUCCUUUGGGCAGUUCUUUCAAACAUCUAGCCUGUCAUCUAAACCUAUCUUGGGGUUCCCAGCCAUCAUAAUGCCUGUUGGUCCUGAUUUGGGGUGGGAUCCUCUUGCUUCCCAGUUUUCUCCAGCUGUGCUACAACCUGGCUUAGGUACCUGAACCCAUCCACGGGUUACCACCCACCAAGUCCCCUGCAUUGCUCUACACUUCAUGUUCAGUCAUGCACUCAGUUCCAAGCACAUCAUUGCUCUGACAUCUGUGGUUCAUUCUGUCUCUGCCUUUUGAAGACUGAAAUGCCAAGGCUCCUAUGCUGGCUACUUCCUGCCUAGUCCUGCUCAAAACCUUGGCUUCAUGGUAUCCAUGCCCCUCUCAAGCUGCCUCCAGUUGCUCCCACCUCUCCACCCCUAAACCCUGGAGUCACAGGAAACAAUAGCACAACUUUCCUUUAGGGGCCCAGAAGAGAAGUGGAGGUGCACUUGGGGUCUGGCUGCCCUCCGUGGGUUGUUUGCCAGCUGUACCAUGUAGCCCCUGGUCCCUGUGACUUCAAGAACAGAGGUGCCACCAUCUCUAUCUCCUGGACAAAGCACAAAGAGAGAUGCUCUGGUUGGCCUAACUGUGCCACCAGGAGGGAGCUUCCAUCCUUCAAUUCCAGGCUCUGGAUAUCUCUCUGGGUGGCGAACAAUGGAAUGCUUGGUGUUGGUGAUGGGAUAGAGGUCAGGAUGGACAGGUAUCAAGGCACAGAGCAGGACUGAGGACUGACAAUGGUACCAGGCCUGGGUACUUCCACACAGCAUCCCAAUCUAUCAAAAGGGAAAAUAUCCCUCCUGCUGGUACAAGUCUGCCUUGUGAAGGGCUGUUUGCAGAAAAUCCUGCAAGGUCUCACCUAUUUUCUUGCUCCAAAUGAAGGUGGUGAGGGAGUGCAAACUGCACAGACCUAGGCCUUUACCUACAGAAAUGACAGCUCACAAGUGUCCUGACAGUAGAUCUGCAGUCCUCUGCCUGCCACUCGUGGCUUCUUUGCUCCUAUCCCAGGGGAUGAAUCCUGCUCCUGGGUGUUUUGUUCAUUUACAUCCUCAGUAGCCACAGAGCUAGAGUUGAGGAUGGAGACCUGGGACAGGGCACCUGGCUUCCUGAGAAGCAUCUUAACCACUCAAAGGGAGCCCUUUGUGUUUCAUACUUAGGUUACCAAAAAGGGGGGGAAGGGGGACACGAGAGGGCAGGCCCUGCCUCAGAGGCCCUAGGCCUACAGAGAAACCCACAGGUGGUAGCCACUUGGCACCUUCCAUUUCCAGCCCUGCCAUAGGCCUAGUACCUGUAAGUUCAAGCAAGUUUGGCUUGAAUAUGUUAUGCUUUAUGCAGCCCACUUCCCCAUAGUACAAGCAGAAAUAAUAUGCACCUCUGCCCCAAACCCCAGCUUUCCACCCAUCAGAGAGCACCCUGAAAUCAUGUUUUCUUCGAUUACAGAGGUUGACUCAGUCCCUCAGGUAUUGUCUCAAAAGGUAUUUUUCCCAUGGUCGUCUGCUCUAAUGUUUGCCUUCAUCCUUUGCCUUUGGGCCUUGCCAGUUCCCUUGGCCCUGAUCUUGAAUCCUAGCUAUCACGGUCCCAAUCUAAGGCAAUAAGUUGAAGGAAAUGUUCCCAGAGUGAAAACUGGUGCCAAAGACCUAGUUCCUGGUGAACUUUGGAGUAGAAAUGAUGGAUGGGAUAUGCCUAGUGCCCAAAGGAGUUAACCUAUAGAAGGAGUGUGCCCCAGCCUGUCAGCCCCCGGUGAGUGUUGACUUCCCUCCCCCAGCUGCUGGCAGUCCUUUCUAUCCCUGGUGACCAUGCUUCCUUGUCCAGCCUUGGCUCAGGCCAGCAUCUCUGUAUAUAUUGCUAUGUAUUAUGUAUAUGUAUUUAUUCCUGGACAAGUGAGUUCAGCUGUAGUCCUUGCCCAAGGAUAAGGCUGAAGGUUGGGUGAAGAGUAGAACAUCAUCUUUCCUCCUCGACUUCUUGAGACUUAAGCCAGUCCCAAGACUGCCCUGACAAUCAAGCAGGCACCCGAUCACAAGGCAGGCCAACCUUGGGUCUCUGCUGUUAGCAUAGCCCCAGGGAGGCAAUGGCUUGGGGUUCCCAACCUCUGCUUAGCCUGGUAGGGAUCUCAUUCUGAAGCAGAGGUCUGGGGUGUCCCAGGUGUGCUUUGUGGCUGGUGCCAUUAGGCUUGGCUCAGAGGGCACCACUGGUGAGACAUCCAUAAUUGGUCCCCCCAGGCCCCACCUUCCUUGCAUAGCCAGGCUGCAACUGCCUGAGCAGUGAGGGUAGCGAGCAACUUUUGGUUUUACUUUGUUUCUAAAGUGGUACCUGUACCUCCAGCCCCCAGGGGGCCUUCUCUGGUCCCACUUCUCUGCCCAACCCAGGCAUUGCCAUCCCAGCACUUUGCUCCAUGUCACCCAGAUGCCCUUUGCCGAAUGUACCCGAGUAUAUGUAUUUAAAAGGACUUAGGGGUAUCAGAGAAUUUAUGGCUCUGUAUCCAAUAAAAGAUGGUGAAACUGG